AUGGCUACACAGGCAACUACCGAGUCCAAAAGUCAUGAUGAAUACACUGUGGGGUGGGUCUGCGCUUUACCCAAAGAGCAGACCGCAGCGACAGCCAUGCUGGACCAGAGACAUGCGGAUCUCCCAAAGCCGUCGAACGACCCCAAUGCUUACACCCUUGGAUCUGUUAGUGGGCACAAUGUUGUUAUAGCUUGCCUGCCCAAAUGGCAGAUAGGAAACAAUCCGGCAGCCACUGUUGCCGCCUUCAUGAUCUCCACCUUUCCUUCCAUUAGGUUCGGACUAAUGGUUGGCAUUGGCGGCGGUAUUCCACCCAAGGUCAGGCUCGGCGAUGUUGUCGUUAGCACACCGGUAGGCAAGUUUCCCGGCGUGGUCCAAUGGGACCUCGGUAAGGCAAAAGAAGGCGGCAAAUUCGAACGGACUGGGUCAUUGAAUAACCCCCCUACCUCGCUGCUUACGGUUUUGUCAAAACUGGAGUCAGAGCAUGAGUUAAACGGGCCCAAGAUACCAGCAUACCUAGACGAACUGAAGGAGAAAUGGCCAAAACUGGUGCCCAAGUAUCUAAAGUCCGAUUCACUUGAGGAUGUGUUGUUUUGCAGGGACUACGGCCAUUUUACCGAAAGCAUGGAUUGCGACGCCAUCCCUGACAGCGAAGACGAAGAGGAGGAAGAGAAUUGCCGAUUUUGCGACAAGACUCAAGUUAUAAGGAGGAAACCUAGAGAUAUGCGUGUGCACUAUGGCCUGAUUGCAUCUGGCAACCAGGUUAUCCAGGACGCUACCUUCCGGAAGAAACUUAUUGAUGAUCUUGACGGACAUGUUCUCUGCGUUGAAAUGGAAGCCGCAGGAUUAGUGAAUAACUUCCCUUGCAUUGUCAUCCGAGGAAUUUGCGACUAUGCAGACUCGCAUAAGAACAAAGACUGGCAGGAGCAUGCUGCAGCUGUGGCUGCAGCGUUUGCGAAGGAACUUUUGGAACAUGUUCAGCCAGGUGACGUUAUCCAAGAGCGUCCAGUGAAGGAAAUACUUAGACAGGUUCUUGAUGAUACAUCCGCAAUUCGAGAAAACACCACACAGACCCGGGCCAAGUUGGACAGAAAGGAAGAUUUUGAGAUUCUUGAUUGGCUCACACCCAUCGACUACGGGCCACUACAAAGCGAUUACCUUGGCAGACGGCAAGCAGGAACUGGGGAUUGGCUUCUCCAGUCGGAGGAGUUCUUGCAUUGGCUAGCUGCGAGCAAUCAGACGCUGUUCUGCCCUGGCAUACCUGGGGCUGGAAAGACUAUCCUAACGUCAAUCGUAGUCGAUUUCCUCAAUUCAAGGUUUGGUAAGGACUCGGAUAUCGCCAUCGCGUACAUCUACUGUAACUUCCGGCGGCAACACGAGCAGAAGAUUGAGGACUUGCUGGCGGGUGUGCUGAAGCAGCUGACUCAGUGCCGGACUUCCUUACCAGAGAGCGUCAAAAGUCUCUACGACCAGCACAAGACCAAACGAACGCGGCCAUCCCUCGACGAGAUUUCAGGACUCCUUCAGUCCGUGGUGGCGAUGUAUUCGAGAGUCUUCAUUAUCGUUGACGCACUUGACGAAUGUCAAACAUCCGAUGGAUGCCGGAUGAGGUUCCUCUCGGAGCUUUUCAACCUUCAGACAAAGCACGGGAUAAACAUUCUUGCAACGUCGAGGUUCAUUCCGGAGAUUAUGGAUCGCUUGGAAACCAGUCCAUCGAUAGAGAUUCGUGCAAGCCCCGACGAUGUGGCAAGAUACCUCGAAGAUCACAUGGGGCAGCUACCAUCUUUCGUCCGGCAGGAUCGACAGCUGCAAGAAGAAAUUACGAAGGGUAUCUCAGAAGCCACUGAUGGAAUGUUUCUUCUGGCACAACUGUAUCUUGGCUUUCUUCGCGAUAAGCUAACAAUAAAUGAUAUCCGAAGCACAAUGGAGACUUUCCUGAAGCAGGGUCAAGGAUUAGACGAAGAUCGGAAGGUUCAAGUCCUCGCUUCUGCGUACGAAGAAGCCAUGGAGAGAAUCAACGGACAGAUGCCAGGAAUGAAGACACUUGCAAUGAAGGUCCUGUUAUGGAUAACGUGCGCAAAGAGACAGCUUACUACAUCAGAACUUCAGCAUGCCAUCGCAAUAAAGUCGGGAAAGUCUGAGCUGGACUGUGGCGACCUGACACACAUCGGAGACAUGGUAUCUGUAUGCGCUGGACUGGUAACGGUCGAUGAUGAGAGUGGCAUCAUCCGACUGGUUCACUACACAACGCAAGAGUACCUCAAGCGGACACAAGAGCGAUGGUUCCAGGACCCAGAAUCUGUAAUCACAACAGCCUGCGUUACCUACCUCUCGUUCAUCGUCUUUGAGACCGGGUUCUGUGAAACGGACGACGAAUUUGAGGAGCGAUUGCGCUCAAAUCUGUUUUACGAUUACGCCGCGCACAACUGGGGUCAUCAUGCGCUCAAGGAUGUAACAUCAAAUCAAGUGGUCAUCAGCUUUCUCGAGAGUCAAGCUAAGGUCGAGGCAUCAUGUCAAGCACUCAUGACAACCAAGCAAUUUCCACGUUACUUAAAUUACAGUCAACGCCCGCCAAAGGAAAUGACGGGACUACAUCUAGCAUGCUUGUUUGGAUUAAGCUACGCUGUAGAUACACUACUUACACUUGAACACAAUCCGGAACUAAAGGAUAUUUACGGAUAUACGCCGCUCUACUAUGCUGCCCAGAACGGACACAAGGCCGUCGUCGAGCUGCUACUAGCAGCGAGAGCUGAUGUCAAUGCUGCUGAUAAUGGAUGGACUGCGCUCUAUGCAGCAGCUACUAGAGGCUAUCUCGAGGUUGUUAAGAAGCUGCUAGCAGCAGGAGCUGAUGUCAAUACUGCUGCUGCUAAUGGAGGGACUGCGCUCCAUGCAGCAGCUGAGGGAGGCUAUCUUGAGGUUGUUGAGAAGCUGCUAGCAGCAGGAGUUAAUAUUAAUGCUGCUGCUGCUAAUGGAUGGACUGCGCUCCAUGAAGCAGCUGGGGGAGGCUAUCUUGAGGUUGUUGAGAAGCUGCUAGCAGCAGGAGUUAAUAUUAAUGCUGCUGAUAAUGAUGGAUGGACUGCGCUCCAUGAAGCAGCUGGGGGAGGCUAUCUUGAGGUUGUUGAGAAGCUGAUAGCAGCAGGAGCUGAUAUCAAUGCUGUUGAUAAUGGAGGGACUGCGCUCCAUGCAGCAGCUGGGGGAGGCUAUCUUGAGGUUGUUGAGAAGCUGCUAACAGCAGGAGUUAAUAUUAAUGCUGCUGAUAAUGAUGGAUGGACUGCGCUCCAUGAAGCAGCUGGGGGAGGCUAUCUUGAGGUUGUUGAGAAGCUGAUAGUAGCAGGAGCUGAUAUCAAUGCUGUUGAUAAUGGAGGGACUGCGCUCCAUGCAGCAGCUGGGGGAGGCUAUCUUGAGGUUGUUGAGAAGCUGCUAACAGCAGGAGUUAAUAUUAAUGCUGCUGAUAAUGAUGGAUGGACUGCGCUCCAUGAAGCAGCUGGGGGAGGCUAUCUUGAGGUUGUUGAGAAGCUGAUAGUAGCAGGAGCUGAUAUCAAUGCUGUUGAUAAUGGAGGGACUGCGCUCCAUGCAGCAGCUGGGGGAGGCUAUCUUGAGGUUGUUGAGAAGCUGCUAACAGCAGGAGUUAAUAUUAAUGCUGCUGAUAAUGAUGGAUGGACUGCGCUCCAUGAAGCAGCUGGGGGAGGCUAUCUUGAGGUUGUUGAGAAGCUGAUAGUAGCAGGAGCUGAUAUUACUGCUGCUAAUGAUAAUAGAGAGACUGCGCUCUAUGCAGCAGCUGAGGGAGGCUAUCUUGAGGUUGUUGAGAAGCUGAUAGCAGCGGGAACUGAUGUUAAUGCUGCUGCAUCUACUUUUCGUGGGGCUGCACUCCGAGAAGCAACUGAUCAAGGCGAUAGUAAGAUUGUCAAGAGGUUACUAGCAGCAGGUGCCAAGGAAGACUAA